GGCUUUCUCACUGAUGCGUACGGCAGUGGGAGGAGAGACGCUGCUCUGGCGUGAGCGGAGAGGCUAUCUGGCAUAUUUUGAAAGAUGGAGGGGGAGGGCUGUUUGUGUGUGAGUGCGUGUGUGUGUGUGUGAGAAAUGAGAGAGAAGAGUACUGAGCUGGGAGAAAUCUGUCAGAUUCAAACACUCCGCUCUGUGUGAGCACGCCUGCCUUCCUGCCUGCGUGUGUGUGUGAAUGUGUGUGUGUGCAACCGUAAGUGUGUGAUACAAAAAACAAGGGAUGAUAAGAGAAGGGCAGAAGAACAGCUAGAAAGAGGCAGAGGAGGACCACAAAGUAAGGCCCAUUCACCUAUGGAUCAGGGACCCCCACCACCCUGGAAUUUCAUGGACAAAUCGACCCUGCUGAGAACCGUCUAUCGACCCUGAUGCUGAUGCACCGCUUGGAGCUGUAGAGCAAGAAGGCAAAAGAGGGAGGGAGCCCAAGGGGGCCAACGGGAAAAGGUCAAAGACUACAGGGCUGCAGCAGAAGCUGAGGUUGAGGAACAAGGGCUUAGGGAGGGAAGGUCAAGGGUCGGCGGAUCAAAGAUGAUGACUUCACAUGGAAAGCUGAGGAGGGAGAAGGGCAGCCUGGCGGAGUACGAGUCGCAAAUGAAAGACUUGCGGGCCCAGCUGACAGACCAGAUAAAGAUUUUAGACUCCCAGGUGGAGGUGAAGCAGCAGCAGCUCUCAGACCUGUCUGAGUUUCUCAGGCGCCGAGGAGACAUUGAGACUGAAUAUGCAAGAGCCCUCGACAAACUAACCGAGAGGUUCACUCACAAGACUAAAAAGAAGGAGCAGUGGGGUCAGUCUGUGUGUCAGGUCUGGUCCGUUCUGCUGACUCAGACCCGUCUGGAGAGCCGAGAACACGCAGCGCUGGGGGACACCUGCUUCAACACGCUCACAUUGAGCCUGACACACAGUGCCGAGGACGCACACCGCCUGCACAAAAAGAGCAAAGAGGUGGGAAUCCAGAUGCAGGAUGAGCUGCUAAAGGUCACCACUGAACUGCAGACGGCUCUGAAGACCUACAACCAGUACCACACAGACUGCCUGACAGCUGAGGGAAAACUGAAGGAAGCCGAGCGUCUGGAAGAAAGGCACACUGGGAAGUCGGCCGAGCUUGGCCCCGGCCAACUGGCAGGGCAGCGGCGGAGCUCCGUCAAGAAGAUGGAACGGUUGAUGGAGAAGAGACAUGGAAAAAUGCAGGAGACCCAGCUGAAGUGUACAAAGGCACGAAAUGACUACCUGUUGAAUCUAGCUGCGGCUAAUGCAGCCAUGAACAAAUACUACCUGCAGGAUGUCAGCACUCUCAUUGACUGCUGUGAUCUUGGUUUCCAUCUGUCCGUGGAGAGAGUGAUGAAGUGCUACCUGGCCAGCAGGUGGCGGAUUCAGAAGACGGAGGAGACCGGGCUGAAGCAGCUGGAAACUGCUGUGACAUCCCUGGACCAGAGUGGAGACAGGGAUGCGUUGCUACAGCAACAUGAUGCCGCCUUCUGCCUUCCGUUCAGAUUCAACUAUCACCCACAUGAGGGUGACCAGGUGUGCGAGGUGAGUGCGGAGAGCCAGGUAAGGUAUGAGCUCGAAACCAGGUUCCAGCAGCUUCAGUCUCGACUCGCCGCCGUCACCUUGGAAACUGAGGAGAUCAGUAAAACGCUUAAAGCCACGCUUGCUGCCUUGCUGGACUCCAUGUGUGACAGCGAGUGCAACCCCUCCCCCGACGUGUCUGCCAGCCUAUCACACGAGCCGCCUGGAGGAAUCACAACCACGGCGAAACUCUCCCUCGCCAAGCGUCGAGCCAAUCAGCAGGAGACAGAGACUUACUACUUAACAAAAGUAAAAGAAUUCCUCAACAGCAGCUCUCUGGCCUCCAAACUUCAAGCCAAACACGAUCUUCUACAAGAUGCCAUACAGAAAGCAGAAGCUGUGGACAGCGACCCCUCCAGAAUGCAAUGUACAACUCGGUCAGUCCGGGUUCGGAAGUCCAGGCCAGUUUCCCAAUUCUGCCACACACUCUUCACCACAGACAUACUCUCCUACAUAGAGAGCUCUGGGCAGCAGAUUCCUGUGGUGGUUGAGAGCUGCAUUCGUUUCAUAAAUCUCCAUGGCCUCCACCAUGAAGGUAUUUUCAGAGUGCCUGGUUCCCAGAGGGAGGUGAACCUCAUCAGAGAUGCAUUUGAGAGAGGGGAGGAUCCUCUGUCAGACAGUGAGUGUGACCUGGACUCUGUGGCUGGCGUGCUGAAGCUGUACUUCAGGGGGCUUGAGCCUCCUCUGUUCCCCUACGAAAGCUACUCUCCGCUGCUGGAAUGUGUCCAAAUUGAAGAUGAGACUGAGAAAGCUGCCCAGAUUAGAGCCAUUUUUUCUACUUUCCCACGGCCUCUCCUCAUCGUGAUGCGAUACCUUUUCGCUUUCCUCAACCACGUGUCUCAGUACAGUGACGAGAACAUGAUGCAGCCCUACAACUUGGCUGUUUGCUUCGGUCCGAGCCUGCUGAGGGGGAUGGAAUCUGACGACGCCGUUGCUAGGCAACCACAGGUCAAUGAUCUUGUUAAAACCAUGAUCCUUCAGCAUGACAGCAUCUUCCCCGGCCAAUCGGAACUGCCAGGUCCGGUCUACGAGAAGCACAUGACACUGGAGCAGGAGUACUGUGAACCAAUCACAGAGGAGGGAGACGGAGAGACCGAGCAUCUGCCCAGUGAGGACGAGUGGGAGGCAGUAGCUUUGUUUGACUACGCAGCCAGAUCUCCAGCAGAGCUUUCCUUCAAGCAGGGAGAUCCUAUUAUCCUUUACAGCAAGGCCUCGUGUGAUUGGUGGAGAGGCGAAGUUGGAGGAGUUAAGGGUCUAGUCCCACACAAGUACAUCAACAUACUUGAAGUGUCAGAGCGAGGGAAAAGAGAUGAAGGUAGAGUAGGCGGAGGCAGCACUGGAAACCUAUCAGCAGAAGACCCACAUACGGAAAACACAACAAGGAUGCGGGUAAACAGCGAUAGUGCUUCGUUGCCAGGGAGACAGAGAGGAAGUGAGGGGAGCCCGAGUCAAAAACCACAAGCUUCCCCUGCCACAAGACAACAAAUACCAGUGUCUCAGGAACGGAGACACACUUUGGACACUGUAAGGCAGGCCAGCUGCAGAGUCCCAGACAAGCCUCCAUUUGUUACAGCAGAAAGACCAACAGUUGACAAGGACAUGAUUAGCCGUCAGAUGAACUCUGUAUUUAAGGAGCUCCUGUCCCGUCAGCCUCCUGUGCAGUCGUCUCCCUUCCCUCCUUCUGUCUCCGCCACUCCUUCCUCCUCCUCGUCUUCCUCGAUUGCUCCAACUGCCCCCUCGGCUAAGAAAGUAUUUGGCCUGAGAAGGGCAGGCCCUUUUCAGUCCGGACUGAGAUGAAAGCAUGAAGAACUGUGGAAUAAUAGGUUCAUUGUUUGAAAGUGAAGAUCUUGAAUUUUUUCCCCCCCUUUUUUCUGUUUUAUGGACAACAAUAAUUGCGUGUGCCAUCUCAUAGUGCCACUAGUCUUGGUGCCGUGUAGGUGUAUGUCCAGUGUGUCUGUUUUUUCAAAUGAUUUUUGUUCAGCUUUGUUUUGCUCUCCUGGCUUUUACACCUUUUUUUUUUUUGAGAAUCAGGGAUGUGGAUUCACCAGUGAUAUCACCAGAAAAACUGUUUGGUACGGUACUGAGUGUACGUGAACAACAAGAAAAUACUUAAGCUGCCCCCUAGUGGCAGGUCUGAGAUCAGCACACCCUAAUGAUUUGCUCUAGAAAACUGAUCUGGGUCCUGUGCCUAGGAGUGCCUUUGCGUCUUUUUUGACGUUUUUCACUUGAAAACACCAGAUAAGUUUAGACUUUGUUUAUGAAAUUAAAAUGUGUACUGGUAUGAUGUCAAUGAGCCCAAAAGUGAAUUAUUAAAAAGAAGAAAAAAAACCUAAAAAACACAAGUCAUUUGAA